AUGAAUUCCAAAAAAAUACAAAAAAAAUUAAAUUUUGAAGAAGUAUUUUGUAUAGCAUGCAGAAGCAUUUAUUUACAACCCGUGACAAUGCCAUGUGGCCAUACACUCUGUCUAGAAUGUUUUAAAAAUAUGGUGGAUUUAACGGCAUACCAGUGUCCCAUGUGCCGUAGACGAAUAAGUAAUUGGCUUCGUAAAUUCAAACAUGAUUGGGAUGCCAUGCUUAAUGUGAAACUUUGGGAAGCUAUAAAACAGCAGUACCCAGUAGAAGUACAGAAAAGGUUAAAUGAUGAAGAUGAUGGCCUCGAAGAACGUAUUGUCAACCAUGGCUUUAGUCGAGUUGAAAUUAAAGAAGGAGAAAUAAAAAAAGAAUUUGAUGAUAUGCAAACGAGUAUUUAUAAAGAACAGGAAGAAAGAGAGUUGCAAAAUUUGGAAAUUGCUAAAAAAUUACAAGAAGAAGAAGUUGUUAAGAUUGAAACUCACACAUCUUUAAUUGAAGAAUUAACACGGGAAGAUUCUAUAAUAGCAACGUCCAUUCAAGAAAAUAUAAUGAAAGAACUCCACCAAGAAGAAAUAAAUUUAAUCCAAUCAGAUUUGGAUUUGGCGACAAAAUUACAAAAUGAGAUUUCCACUGAAACAAGCAUUUGUACGAAAAAUUCAGUUCCUGAAAAAAAACAAAUCAAGAAAGGACCCCUGGAUAAAAUGUUUUCUAAGUCGACCGAAAAUAAUUCUAAGGUACAAUGGAAUAAUACACAAAAUUGUAGUUUAUCUAGCACUGUCUCUUCAUCUAGUGCAAAAUGUGAAAUUCAAUCUUCUAAUACAUCAUUAAGUUUUACUUCAGGUCCGUGUACAAGUUCAACAACUUUAGAUUCAUCUGAAAUAUUUGAAGAUGAAAAUGAGGCUACGUGUACUUGUGGACGUUUACAAGAUAACUUCACCACAAAUAGUCCUUGUACAUUUUGCGUUGCUCAAAUAGCAGUGUUGAAUAAAUUGUGGACUCAACAACAAAAUGAUUUUUUGGUGGCUAAAAAUUUAGAGAGCAAGUUACGUAUGGAUAAUUUUGAUGAUUAUAACUUGAGGAAGAGACCAGGUUCAACUGUAAGCCUUGCUCAGAAAAAAAAAAGAAAGUUGUCUAAAGGACAAUUGACAUUGAAACAAGUAUUAAAGGACAAUGGCAACACAAAAUUUCGGAAAUAG